AUGGCUUUAGAACCAAUUGAUUGUACUACACACUCCAGAGAGAUUGAACAAGAGUACCAGAAAGUGGUUAGAGGUACUACUGAUGACACCACAUGGUUGAUCAUAUCUCCAAACGCUCAAAAGGAAUACGUUCCAUCCUCCACCGGUUCGGAUUUUUCUGAUUUCUUACAAUCUUUUGACGAUGGUAAAGUCGAAUUCGGUAUCGCUAGAGUGUCUCCUCCAGGCUCUGAUGUCGCAAAAGUCAUUCUUAUUGGGUGGUGCCCAGAUUCUGCUCCAAUGAAACCAAGAGCCUCCUUUGCCUCUAACUUUGGUACCGUUGCCAACUCUGUCUUGCAAGGCUACCAUGUUCAAGUUACUGCUAGAGAUGAAGACGAUUUAGAUGAAAGAGAAUUAUUGACAAAGAUCAGUAAUGCAGCUGGUGCUCGUUAUUCUAUUCAAGCAAAGGCACCAACUUCUUCUUCAUCAGCUUCUAGUGCUCCAGUUAAAAAAAUAUUCACACCGCCAGUUAAGAAAACUGAAUCUCCAGCGAAGAACGAAGUAGUACUACCACCUGUACGUCAAGAAGAAAGGCCUUCCAUCAAUAACACAACCAAACAAUAUGCUUCCGAGGAUGCUGAUGAUUGGGAUGAACCUGAAAUCAAAGAACGUGAUUUUGAGACUAAUCCAUUGAGUGGUAACAAGUCUACUUAUCAACCAAUUGGGAAAAUUGAUUUAAAGAAAGUCAUUGCAGAAGAGACUGCAAAGGAAGACCCACGUUUAGUACAUAAGAUUGAUCCAAUGGCAGAUAUUGCACAUUUGAAAGAAGAAUCUAAGGAACAUAGAGAUCAUGAUCUUGAUAAUUUAUUGAAACAAGAAAAACCACACACUUCUUCAACUUCAUCUGCAAUUAGCGGUACUAAACCACCAUUAGUCAAAUCUGAUUUUGGUAGAAACGAUAAUAGCGAUAAAGUGAUUCAAGGUUUUAAGACCGAAAAGUCUCCAGCUCAACUAUGGGCCGAAAAGAAAAUGAAACAAAACCAACAAAACAACGAAGUUGAAGAGCCAUCAUCAACUAAUCUAGAAAACAAAACCGAUACUUCUAAUUUUAAUGAACCAGAAUCUGGUGUUGACCAUAGCGAUGAAAUGAAAAUUGGUGAUUUGAAAUCCAGAUUCGAAAAGUUGGGCGCUGGAAAUGAAGAGGAUACAGAUUUUGUUCCACCAGUAAAUAAACCAUCUAUUAUUGCUCCAAAAACUUUUGGACAACCUGCUACUGCUUCAGAACCUCCUGUGAGAGAGGAAAAGAAGCCUUUCGUACCAGGUAACGUCGGCCAGCGUUUACCAGGAAUGCAUAUUGAGGUUUCCGAACAUGAGGAUGAGGAUAAUGAUGACGACUGGGGUGAAGAUGAUGACGAGGAAGAAACUCCUAGAAGACAACUUCCACCUCCAGUGAUGGUAGCCAGAGAUUCAGAACCACAAAUGCCUCUUCCACCAAGAAGAACUGAACCUGAACCCGCCCAAGUUGAAGAAGAAGAAGAAGAAGAACAAGAAGAACAAGAGACUCCUGUACCUUCUCUACCUUCGAGAAAUGUUGCUAGUGAGUCAGAACUAGCGCAGGAAGAAGAACAAGAGGAAGAACAACAGGAAAUUGAGGAAUCUUCUCCAGCUCUACCAACUAGAAGUGGUGUUCCUCCACCUCCGCCACAAAGAGCAACAGAGGCUGCUGAACCAGAACCAACCAAGGAAGCUCCAUGGGCCACUGCCGAAUAUGAUUACGAAGCCGGCGAGGACAAUGAAUUGACUUUCGCAGAAACGGAUAAGAUUAUUAAUAUUGAAUUUGUAGACGAUGAUUGGUGGUUAGGUGAAUUAGAAUCUACUGGUCAAAAAGGUUUAUUCCCAAGUAAUUACGUGACACUAGGUAACUAA